AUGGGAAAGGAAAAUGACGCGCAGCCCGCGUCCAAAGGCCAGGACACCGCAGCUCAACGCCUGAACCAGGUCUCCUCGCACAUCUCCGCACAACCAACCCCAGAUACACCGGCGACCAAACCGAAGUCCAACAACGCAACCUCUCGUCUACCAGCAGACCACUCAGACGUUCUCUCCCAAAUUGCCUCUCUCCGCAAAAUCGCAGCAACCCCAGACCCCAACCACCGCGGCUACAUACGCCAAAAGCAAGCUGGGAAGCUCUGGGUCCGCGAGCGCAUCGACGCCCUCCUCGACCCAGGGACCUUUGCCGAAAUAGGGUCCGUCUCUGGCACGGUGACAUGGAAGAAGACAGCGCCCAUGCGCGAGACACCCGUCUCCUUCGUGCCGAGCAAUAACGUCCAGGGAGCGGGUUUACUGCGCGGGCGGAAAGUCUUCCUUACCGCGGACGAUUUUAGUAUUCGCUCCGGCCAUGCGGAUGGUGCGAGCUCGGAGAAGACCGUUUAUGUGGAGAAGCUGGCAGUUGCGCUGCGAGUGCCGGUUAUCAAGCUUGUGGAUGGGAGUUCUGGGGGUGGAAGUGUGACUACGAUUAAGAAGGAGGGGUGGAGUUAUUUACCGCUUGUGAGGCCGUUUAGGCCUGUGAUCCAGCAGUUGAAUAUGGGGAUUCCGAAUUUGGGGGCUGUGGUGGGACCUGCUAUUGGAUUGGGCGCUGCGAGAGUUGUAUCUUGCCAUUUCUCCGUCAUGGCAGCUGAUAUUGGCUCACUAUUCAAUGCCGGUCCGAAGGUCGUCGAGGGUGCAACCUUUGAAGAAGGGCUGAACUUUCAGGACUUGGGUGGCCCUAUGGUUCACUGCACGAAUGGUACUAUCGACAACUUGGCUGCCAAUGAAGCAGAGUGCUUUGAGCAGCUUCGUACAGUGUUGAGCUAUCUGCCGAAUUCUGGUAGUGAGGCUCCGCCGGUCAUUCCCUGCGAUGAUCCUCAGGACCGUGAAGAUUUGGCUUUGCGGAGUAUUAUUCCACGUCGACAGGCACGCAUGUAUAACCCCCGAACCAUCAUCACCUCUGUAGUGGAUCAAGGUUCAUGGUUUGAGAUUGGGGCACUUUGGGGCCGAACUGCUAUCGGUGGUCUGGCUCGCCUUGGUGGUCAUCCCGUGGGUAUCAUUUCGCUGAACUGUGAGGUGAAUGGUGGUGCACUUGAUGCUGCCGGUAGCCAAAAGCUCACCCGGCUAUUGAAAAUGUGUGACGUGAUGAACCUACCAAUCCUGCAGUUCCUUGACGUUCCCGGCUACGCCAUUGGCACCGUCGCCGAACGCACCGCAACAAUGCGGUGGGGUGUUGAACUAGCCAAAACAUACUACACAACCACCAUUCCGAUUUUCAACGUCGUGACUCGUCGCGUAUUCGGUGUGGCUGGUGGCAUCAUGCUCGGCAGUCGUGACCCAGUCAUGCAAGUAGCAUGGCCAUCUGGACAAUGGGGCUCUCUUCCACUCGACGGUGGAAUUGAAGUCGGACAUCGCCAUGAGCUGCGCGAGGCGGAGAAAGUUGGUAAGAAAGAGGAGCGCUAUAAGGAGUUGGAGGAAGAGUAUUUACGGUUGAUGAAUCCUGUGCGAACGGCGAAUGCUUUUGGUGUGGAGGAAAUUAUUGAUCCAAAGGAUACUAGACAGGUUUGUUGUUCGUGGGCGUCACAUGUGUAUGAUGUGCUUAUGAAGGAGAGAUUGGCGGAGAGGGCCUGUGGGAAGAUCCAUCCUAUUUUCGCUUGA